AUGCAUCAUCAUUUAAUAGCAUUUAAGUUUUGCAUAAAAGUAAUUUUAAUAUAAUUUUAAGAGGCUUUAGAAGAAAUUGAAAUAUUGAAUUUAGACUGUUUAGUUGGAUGCAAAUGUGAUUAGGAAUUCUUAAGACAAGUUCCAUUUAAUGUUGCUUAUUCAUAUGCUGAUGAAUUCGGAAUUUCUUAUAUAGAAACUUCAGCAAAAUUGAGUGUUAAUUGUUUUGAAGCAGCCAAGUAUUUGAGCAAACUUUAUCUAAAUAAAACAAACUAGAACCAAAAAAAAAAUCAGUGCAACUAACUAAUAAGAAGAAUUUUUUUAGUGUUAUUGAUUUGA